GCUGGUUUGAUGUCAUAUUAUUUUGAUUGGACCGUUAAGGUUAUGUCCAAGUUGCUCGACUAUUUGUUUUAUAAUUUUAGUGGUAUUUCCUAUGAUCAUUGAUAAAUUGAUAAUCACGUGGUGAUCAUGGACUUAUUUGUUAUUAAUAGAUAUCGAGAUGUAGAAGAAAAUGCAGUAGUAGAUAUUGCAGAACAGGAAGCAAAACAUUUAGAGAAGUUGAAGAAAAAGAUUGCCGAACGAAAAUCUGCGUAUGCAUCAAAGAGGACUUCUGAUGUUAUAACACUCAAACCACAAAAAGAAGAAGUUCUCCAAAAAGAUGAUACUGAAGAUAACAAGGAGGCUCCUAAAAUUGACGAAGAGCCCAAGACCGAUAAGAUUACCGAUACUUUUCAGAAACCAGAUAAAAAGAGAGCUAAGCCCUCGCAAGAAUUCAAAGUAUUAGGUGUUAAUGAUUUCGAAAAGAAAGCUAAGGUUUCAAGAGUGCUGCCAUUUUGGCUUUCACACCCAUUUAAUAUUUCUACUAGUUUAAAAUCUUCAUCAUGUAAAGUAGAAGAUCAAGACUGGCUACACAUUACACUCAAAUCAACAUUACAAAGUGAAGGUGUCACUACCUUGUUUCCAGUGCAAGAAAAAGUGGUGCCUUUUAUUUUAGACCAACAUAAAUUAACUUAUCCAUUUUGGCCUCAUGAUAUUUGUGUUUCUGCUCCUACCGGCAGUGGAAAAACACUGUCAUUUGUGUUGCCAAUAGUUCAGAUACUUAUGAAUGAAAUUGGUUGUCAUAUAAGAGCAUUAGUUGUUUUACCAGUGCAAGAAUUGGCAGCUCAAGUUGCCAAAGUUUUCAAAAAAUACUGUUUGAAAACAAAAUUAAAAGUAGCCCUCUUGGGUGGAUCCACACCACUACAACAAGAACAGCAGACUCUUGUUAGAUACACGGAAUCAUCUGGGUGGGUGAGUGAAGCAGACAUAGUAGUGUGCACAGCAGGUCGGCUAGUAGAACAUCUACAAAAUACAGAAGGGUUUUCUCUAAAAUAUUUAAAGUUUUUAGUCAUUGAUGAAGCAGACAGAAUAAUGGAUCACAUUCAAAAUGACUGGCUAUAUCAUGUUGACAAACACAUCAAAUUGGAGAAUGAACUAAUGACUGGGCGUCAUUCUAAUUUAACAUGGUCUAGUCUUAUAGAACAAAAGCCACCACCCCAUAAACUAUUAUUUUCAGCAACUUUAUCUCAGGACCCUGAAAAAUUAGAACAAUGGGGCUUAUUCCAACCAAAAUUAUUUUCUGCUGCCAAGUCAAACAGUUAUGAAGAUGAAGACCAAAUUAGACUUUACGCUACACCAGAAGAAUUGACAGAACAAUAUGUUACUUGUGAUGCUGAGCACAAACCAUUGAUUCUAUAUCAUUUCUUAGCUGAUCAAAAAUGGGACAAAGUUUUAUGUUUUACUAAUGCAGCUGAAGCAGCACACAGAUUAUCUGUACUUCUUAACACUUGGAGUAAUGGAGCAUUUAAAGUUGCAGAACUCUCUUCUGCACUAGAUAAAUCCACAAGAGAAAGUGUGUUGAAAAAGUUUACACAAUCUGAAAUUAAUGUGUUAAUUGGUACUGAUGCUUUAGCGAGAGGUAUUGAUAUAACAGACUGUAACUACGUCAUUUCUUAUGAUCCUCCAAGAAAUAUCAAGACCUACAUUCACAGAGUUGGUCGCACAGGAAGAGCGGGACGUAGUGGUCAUGCAGUUACUAUUCUGUUACAGAAUCAAGUAACACAAUUUAAGGAAAUCAUACAAGGUGGUGGAAAGGCUGAAAUACCUCAAAUAGAAAUCGAAGCUGAUAUUCUCGAUCGCCUCACAAGCAGUUAUCAACAUGCCAUGAGUGAAACCAAAAGGCAAAUUCAUGCUGAAAUAGAUACAAAAGUGAAGAAAUCUUUAGAGAUAAAAAGAAGAUUAAAAUCAAAGCCUCAAAAAAGAAAACCUAACAUGUCCUAGGUAAUAAUAAUAAAUUUUCUAACAAUGUUA